UGUCUGAAAGCAGUAAGCAAAGCAGCACUGAUCAACAAUCGUGCUGGUUCACAGUCCAACAGAUGUUUAAUGAGCAGCAUACGUGAUCAAACAAAGGAGCUAUUUCAAAGAGGCUUUGUAAGGCAAAGGUCUUCCCUGAGUGUAAAGAUAUUCCACGUUCUCACAGUGAUGUUCCUCUUUGAAAAGAAGAUCUAAACUUGUACAGCUUUUCAGAGGUUACUUCUUCAGGUACUUUUCAGAGGAGAUGGAGGGAGAGGAGAGGCAGGGGAUAAACUAAAGUAACUUGAGCAGCUGGGAGGGACUGGAGUCUGUUUUUUGUCAGAGCAGCGUUGGCUUGUUGACACUGGAAAGCCCAGAAGCAGUCAACGAUUUAGUUCUUGACUAAUUGCUGUAAGGAAGAAGAAGCCCUGAAACUUUCUGCAGGCCGCUGUGGCUCUGGGGUGCUUGUUAGAAUGGUAGAAUAUCCCAAAUUGGAAGGGACCCACAAGGAUCAUCGAGUCCAACUCCGAGCUCCACGCAGGACCAAAAAUCAGACCCUAUGUCUGAGAGCAUUGUCCAAACAGUUACUGAAUUCGGGAAGGCUCGGAGCCAUGACUGUCACCCUAGGGAGCCUGUUCCAGUGCCCGACUGCCCUCUUGGUGAAGAACCUUUUCCUAACGUCCAGCCGGACCCUCCCCUGGUGCAGCUCUGAGCUGUUCCCUCGGCUCAGUGGUCACCAGAGAGAAAAGAUCCUGUUUGAGGAGGGAGCGGGGUACUGAGGCUGAGCCUGUGAGGAGCAGCCCAUUGUGCCCAAAGUGAAUGGGGCAGGAAAUUCAGUGGGUGAGGAUCUUGCUGCUGACAGACGGGGGUCUCCUGGAGGAGUGGCAGCAGGCAGAGGAGGUGCUGGAGCGCCGAUCUUGUCUCAAGCAGGGGUAACAAAGCAUUUCUUGUCUGUUGGCCAUGCAUUCUGUUUGGUGAAGCUCCUGGAAAAUAGAGGGUGACUGGAAGGAGAGGGGGUUUAAUACGCAAAUAACCCACGGUCCCUGUGUAGCUGCCUGGCAGGAUAUUCUCACAUGUGCUUCUGCCACAAUGUAAAUCACCACCGAGGACAUCUACCCCCGUCUUAGAGCUCUGUGAUGUUGACUUCAAACAAAUGCAUUUGGGAAAAUUCCUGCCUCAGUUUCCCUUUUCUCUGCUGCUCAACGAGGAUGUUGGAACUGGCAGGCCUCAGCGGGCCGGCCCGGUGCUAUGAGAUGCUCCCCGAAGCGCUCCCUCACGGCUGCGCUCGCAGCCUUCGUCGUCCUCCUCCUCUUCCUCCUCCUGCACAGGGGCAGCUGGCAAGAGGAGGAGCCCCUCGAGGUGGAGUUUAGGGACCUACCCCCGGACAUCGUCCUGCAGACGCUGAAGCCAGAAGGGGCCCUGCACAUCCUCCAGGACCUGGACAACCUCUCUGUGCCCCACAACAUCUCCUACCACCUCCUCGCUGGCUCCCUGUCACCCCGCAAAAAGUUCUUGGCGGUGGGGCUGUCGUCAGUGCGGCGGCCACGCGGCUACUACCUCCCGGCCACGCUCAUGUCCCUCUUCAAGCAGUCAACAAAGGAGGAGCUGCAGGAGAUGGUGGUGGUGGUGCACCUGGCUGACAAGGACCCUCGCUGGAAUGCCCGGGUGGCCGCCGACAUCUCCCGCAAGUUUGCUCCCCACAUCCUCCUGGGCCAGCUCCUGCUGAUCCAUGCUCCCCAGGAGUUUUACCCAACCCUGGAGGGCCUCAAGAGAAACUACAACGACCCGGAGGAGCGGGUGAAGUUCAGGUCCAAACAAAAUGUGGAUUACGCGUUCCUUCUGGCCUUCGCUGCCAACCUUUCCUCCUACUACUUGAUGAUUGAGGAUGACGUGUGGUCUGCCAAGUCCUUCUUCACGGCCAUCCGCAAGGCGGUGGCCUCCCAGGAAGGCACGAACUGGGCCACCCUCGAGUUCUCCAAGCUGGGCUACAUCGGUAAGCUCUACCGCUCCAGUGACCUUCCUCGCCUGGCUCGCUUCCUCCUCCUCUUCUACCAGGAGAUGCCCUGUGACUGGCUGCUGGUCCACUUCCGCCUCCUGCUCACCCAGAAGGACGUCAUCCGCUUCAAGCCCUCCCUCUUCCAGCACAUGGGACUCUACUCCUCCUUCCAGGGCACCGUCAACCGGCUGGAGGACGACGAGUUCGAGGCCGAUGCCAUGGACCUCCCGGACAACCCGCCCGCAGCUUUGUUCACCAGCAUGACCGUCUUUGAGAACUACGAGCCCCUCAAGGCUUACAGCGCAGCGGGGGGGUACUUUUGGGGGAAAAACCCGGGAGAUGGCAGCAUCUUCUGCAUCGUCUUCCAACAGCCAGCCCGCAUCACCCGUGUGCGGGUGCGAACGGGCUCCAGUGAGCGCCAGGGGGACUUCUUGCGCGCGGGGGUGCUGGAGCUGGGCCGGAGGCGACGGGCCGACGGCCGGGACUGCUCUGCCUACAUCACCGUGGGCACCUUCGAGAAGGGGCUCUUUGAGCGGCGGGGACUGGAGAAGGGAGUGCCCAGCCCCGUGGAGUGCGUGCGGAUCCGGGUAACCAAGGGCCAGAGCGAGUGGCUCAUCAUCCAGAGCAUCGACAUCUGGACUGCGGCAGACACCUGACCGCGGGGCGCUGAAGCGAUUGGAUUUCGCACUACGAGGAGCUUUAUUUUUCUCAGCCCCUUUUCGGAUGGGGAAUUAAAUUAUUCAGUCGUGCC